GUGACAGAGAGAGAUUUACAUAUAGGUAGAAGGAGGUGCGUACAGCAAGGCGAGGGGGAAAGGAAGAGGGAAAAGGAGAAGGAAGGAGAAAGAGAGAGAGAGAGAGAGGUAGAGCGAGGGCUGCAUUCUGCCAAGAGGAAGCCGAAGGAGGCAAGUGCAUCUGCAGAGGCAGACAGAGAGACAGAUCUGUCCUGGAUUUCCCCCCCUUUUUGCCCCCCCUAGAUAAGGACGCAGCCCUUUCCACCUCCCUGAACGGAGGGGACCCUCGGAAUCGUACUCUAAAGCCUCCGCAGCCUCCCCGUGUUGGAGAAGAGAGAGAAGGGGCGUGUGAAGGGGGUGUGUGGCGCCCCGGUGGGUGCAGGCGUGUGAGCAUGUGCGUGUGAGCGUGUAUCUCGUUGCGGCGGUUGGUGAAGCAGGGCCCGGUAUAUGGAUAGGAGCUCACUGUUUCAGCUCAUUCAGGAGCAGCUGGACCCCGAGCAGACUGGUUUCAUUGCGGUGGAGAACUUCACCAGUCUGGCGGAGCAGCAUGAGCUGCAGCUGGACCCCAACAAGCUGGACAUGCUGCUGGCCCUCGUUCAGAGUGAUCAGCAAGGCCAUGUCUGCUACCAGGAGCUUAUUGAGCUGCUAAGCAGUAAGCGUUCCAGUAGUUUCCGGCGUGCCAUUGCUAAUGGGCGGCGCACUCUGCAACGCGAGAUCCUAUUGGACGAGACGGGCCUGGGCGUGUACAAGCGCUUUGUGCGCUAUGUGGCGUACGAGAUCCUGCCAUGUGAGACGGACAGACGCUGGUACUUUCAUCAGAACAGACUCUGUCCCCCGCCUGUCUUCAUGGCCAUCGUUACCAUAGUGCAGAUUGUGGUGUUUAUGUGUUAUGGGGUGAGGCUCAACAAGUGGGUUCUGCAGACGUAUCAGCCAGACUUCAUGAAGAGCCCGCUGGUGUAUCAUCCAGGACACCGAGCCCAAGUCUGGAGAUUUUUCAGCUACAUGUUUAUGCAUGUUGGGUUGGAGCAGCUGGGCUUCAAUGCACUUCUCCAGUUGAUGAUCGGCGUUCCUCUGGAGAUGGUGCAUGGAAUUCUGAGAAUCAGCCUUCUCUAUAUGGCAGGAGUGGUAGCAGGUUCCCUCACCGUCUCCAUCACUGAUAUGCGUGCUCCGGUGGUCGGUGGCUCUGGAGGAGUCUACGCACUGUGCUCUGCCCAUCUCGCCAACGUCGUCAUGAACUGGGCCGGAAUGAAGUGUCCGUAUAAGUUACUGCGGAUGAUCCUGGCGCUGGUUUGCAUGAGCUCAGAGGUGGGCCGAGCCGUGUGGCUACGCUUCUCGCCGCCAUUGCCCUCGUCAGGGCCACAGCCGAGUUUCAUGGCCCACUUGUCGGGUGCCGUGGUGGGAAUCAGCAUGGGCCUGCUUAUCCUGCGCAGCUACGAGGAAUCGCUGCACAAGCAGUGCUCAUGGUGGGUCCUCGUCUUCUCCUUCGUCACCUUCCUACUCUUCGCCAUCUUCUGGAACAUCUUCGCCUACGAGCUGUUAGGAGUCCAGAUUCCUUCUCCGCCCUGAUGACACGCCCCACCCCGUGACUGUUUCCUCACUCUGGCUGCGGAUAGCCACACAACCUUCAGAAACUGGAUUUCUUGAUGGCCUCACUCCCCAUUUUCUUACAUCUCCGCCCCCUUUCGACCAAUAAUAACGGACAGAUGGUCCAAACCGGAAGAUUGGAAAUUCUUACAGUGAUUUUCUUUCAGGAUUUUUUCUUAACAUCUUACUACUUAGACUCUUUAUUUACAGAUUCCCACUUGACCACUUCUAAAGCCAGGAGGGAAAGAUAUGAAUGAACUUAAUCACUUCGGUUUAUUUUUGCUUGAUUUUCAUCACCAAGCAUCUAAAUCCGCCAAUCUGUCUUUUGUUUCAGGUAUGACAUUUUUGUCUAUGGUUUCUGAUUUUAUGAUUUCGAAAUGGUUUUUUAUUGCUGUUACACUGUCUGUUGAUCAGUGUCUUUGGGAAGCUGAAUGGAAUACAGUUUCAAAAGGUUUCUGAUCCUACCCACACACUCACACACACACACACACACUCCAUCUAAUGCCCAGCCAUUCUUGUGCAGCUCUUGCCCUUUAACAUCCUUCACACUUCAUGAGGUCAGAAGGUGGAAAGUCCAUGAUGUUAGCCUUUGUGAGUCACCUGGUAACUGUUGCCUUGGUGACCGUCAGCCAAUUGCUAUGGUAGCCAUUAAUCAAGGUGUCUUCUCAUUGUGGAAACAAUGGUCAAGGCAACCGAUGGCAAGUAUUUCGUAAAAUUCAGAGGAAUUGUUAAGAACCUGUGACUGACACAGUAGGUAAAAAAAAAGACCCCUAAAUUUAUAAAUUCUCAUACAAGCCAGCUAAAAAUGUGAGAACGUUUUGAUGACAAAAAUAUUCUGCCUUCAAGAACACUGAGGUGAAGUCCCAGACGCUAGAAUUUCCUAGUAACCAUCACUGAAGUAACACAAAACCACUAUUAAAGUAGACAUACUUAGUUCACAAAAAUACCUCAAGGCCAAAAGAAGGUCCUUAAAAUAAUUUGCAGCCAUUACAGCUAGCUAACCGUCUGCUAGCUCAUGUUUGACUAGCGAGAAAGAACUCUAGCAACACGAAUCAACACCCUCAGCCAGAGCCUGAACACAGCGUCUGUAAACAUUUAGCAAACUUUACACUAUAUUUUAUGACACAGUCGUUCCAGUUUUACAUUUUACACUCACUGUUUGCAGUCUACAUGCACUCACAAACCAUACACAACUGUAUGUGUUACCACUGAGAAAAACUUUGUAACAAGCUAGAAUGGAUUCUCUGUUCUUGCGUUCGGGAUUUUUUUUUGUUUUAUUUUUUCUAUGGCUGACAUUACAGUAAGAAUGCUAGCGUUUGGGACAGACCCUACAUGGGCAUUUUUCACUCUAAGGUUGCCAGAUAUCAGGAAAUCUCAUCCAUGUGAGGAUUUCUGAAGGCCUUACUCUACAAAGUACUCAAUUCUGCAGUGCCAAGUUACCAUUCGCUAAGCUGCUAAUGUCAAAUUGUAUAUUCAACAAUAUUGAAUAUCUUUAUUUUUGUUUACGUUCCUAACUUUGCUGUGGGGGAGGGAGU